AUUCCACUGAUCCGAUCAAAACCUGCUGCAGAAUCAACUACAAUAUACAAAGUACCUGUCUGGAAGCACCGGAAGCCCUAACCUCAAUCAACGGCCCGGUUACAUCAUCCUGAACGAACCCAAAACCAACUCAAUUGCGAUAACUCUACAUCCAACCACCAUUCCCUUCAAUUCAACAUUCUUAAGUACUGACUAUAACUGGAACUCAAUCACCUUUAACACAUCAAUCUAACUCACCACCCCAACCCCAACCACACAACCAUCAUCACCCCUACAUAUAAAACUACUAUCACAGCAUCUACAACAACCACAAUGUCCCCCACAACAGAAAUCAAUAAGAUCCCCCUCAGCUACGCAACCUGCUCCCUCGGCCCCCCCAGCACAACCCCCCUAGAAACCAAACUCUCCACUCUCCGCUCCGCCUCCUUCACCGGCAUCGAGCUCGCCUUCCCCGACCUCCUCGCCUACGCCAACACCCACAACCCCGGAACCACCCAGAUCCUACCAACAGACUACCCGGCCCUCAUCCACUCCGCAAGCCAAAUCCGCACACUAUGCGAAUCCCACAACCUGCGGAUCAUGAUGCUGCAACCCUUCGCCAACUUCGAGGGAUGGCCUCGCGGUUCCCCGGAACGGGAGGAUGCGUUCUCCCGUGCAAAAGGGUGGAGUGAGAUUAUGGAGGCGUUGGGGACGGAUUUGUUGCAGAUUGGGUCGACGGAUACACCCGCUGAGAAACUGUCCCUGGGGGACAAUAAAGAGAAUGUGGUGGAGGAUCUGCGUGAGCUGGCAGAUAUAUUAGCGAGCAAGGGCCAGCGUAUCGCGUACGAGAACUGGUGUUGGAGUACGCAUGCCCCGAACUGGAAGGAUGUGUGGGAGAUAGUUAGGGAUGUGGGGAGGGAGAAUGUCGGGUUGUGUUUGGAUACGUUUCAGACUGCUGGGGGGGAGUGGGGGGAUCCGACGGCUCCUGAGGGGGUGGUUAGUGGUGAGGAUGUGAGGAGGAGGUAUGAAGAUAGUUUGGAGGAGUUGGCGAGGACGGUUCCUGCCGAGAAGAUCUUCCUGCUGCAGGUGUCGGAUGCGUAUAAGCCACUAUCUCCGUUUGAGGAUGAGGUGGUGGAUGGGGCGAGGCCUAGGGCGCGGUGGAGUCAUGACUUCAGGCCGAUGCCGUAUCAUGGGGGGUAUUUGCCGAUUGAGGAGGUGGGGAGGGCGGUGUUGAGGACGGGGUUUAGAGGGUGGUUUAGUAUGGAGAUUUUUGAUGGGGGGAAGUCAGGGGAGGAGGAGAUUGGGGAUGUGGAGGGGUUUGCGAGGGAGGCGAUGGGGAGUAUGAGGAGGUUUUUGGAGAGGUGUGCGGAUGGUAUCUAG